AUGGGGGAUGCUGCAAUGGCAGAGUUUGGGGGGGCAGCUGCGUAUCUGAGGAAGUCAGAUAAGGAGCGUCUGGAGGCCCAGACUCGCCCCUUUGACAUGAAGAAGGCCUGCUUCGUACCGGAUCCCGAGGAAGAGUUUGUAAAGGGAACUAUUGUAAGUCGUGAUGGUGACAAAGUCACCUGUGACACUGAGAAUGGAAAGACUGUCACUGUGAAAGAGUCAGAUGUCCACCCUCAGAACCCCCCAAAGUUUGAUAAAAUUGAGGACAUGGCGAUGUUCACCUUCCUAAAUGAGCCUGCUGUGCUGUAUAACCUCAAAGAGCGUUACGCAGCCUGGAUGAUCUACACCUACUCUGGGUUGUUCUGUGUCACUAUCAAUCCCUACAAGUGGUUGCCAGUGUACAACCAGGAAGUUGUUAAUGCAUACAGAGGCAAGAAGAGGGCUGAAGCUCCUCCUCAUAUCUACUCCAUCUCUGAUAAUGCUUAUCAGUACAUGCUGGCAGACAGAGAGAAUCAGUCCAUCCUAAUCACUGGAGAAUCUGGUGCUGGGAAGACUGUGAACACCAAGAGAGUCAUUCAGUACUUUGCCAGCAUUGCUGCAGGAGGCAUCAAAAAGGAAACAAGUGACAAAAAGGGAACCCUGGAGGAUCAAAUCAUCCAGUGUAACCCUGCUCUGGAGGCCUUUGGUAAUGCAAAGACCAUCAGAAACGACAACUCCUCUAGAUUUGGCAAGUUUAUCAGGAUCCACUUUGCUGCAAAUGGUAAACUGGCCUCUGCUGACAUUGAGACCUAUUUACUGGAGAAGUCUCGGGUGACUUUCCAGCUCAAGGCUGAGAGAGAUUAUCACAUCUUCUACCAGAUCCUCUCUCAGAGAAAACCAGAGCUUCUAGAGAUGCUGUUGAUCACUGCCAACCCCUAUGACUAUUCCUUCAUCUCCCAAGGAGAGACAACUGUGCAAUCAAUCAAUGAUGGUGAUGAGCUGAAAGCUACUGAUGAUGCCUUUGAUGUGCUGGGCUUUACUCCAGAGGAGAAGAACAGCAUUUACAAGCUGACUGGUGCCAUCAUGCACUAUGGCAACUUGAAGUUCAAGCAGAAGCAGAGAGAGGAGCAGGCAGAGGCUGAUGGCACAGAAGAUGCAGACAAAUCUGCUUAUCUGAUGGGUCUGAACUCUGCUGACCUCAUCAAGGCCUUGUGUCACCCAAGGGUCAAAGUCGGAAAUGAGUGGGUAACUAAAGGACAGAAUGUCCAGCAGGUGUACUAUGCUGUUGGUGCUCUUGCAAAAGCAGUAUAUGAAAAGAUGUUCCUCUGGAUGGUUGUCAGAAUCAACCAGUCCUUGGACACCAGACAACCUCGCCAGUACUUCAUUGGUGUGCUGGACAUCGCUGGAUUUGAAAUCUUUGAUUUCAACAGCUUUGAGCAACUGUGCAUCAACUUCACUAAUGAGAAGCUGCAGCAGUUCUUCAACCACCACAUGUUUGUGCUGGAGCAAGAGGAGUACAAGAAGGAGGGCAUUGAGUGGACGUUCAUUGACUUUGGCAUGGACUUGCAGGCCUGUAUUGAUCUCAUUGAAAAGCCCAUGGGUAUCAUGUCCAUCCUUGAAGAGGAGUGCAUGUUCCCCAAGGCCAGUGAUGCCACAUUUAAAGCCAAGCUUUAUGACAACCACUUGGGGAAAUCCGCCAACUUCCAGAAGCCUAGGAUUGUGAAAGGAAAGCAGGAAGCACAUUUUUCCCUAAUUCACUAUGCUGGCACGGUUGACUACAACAUCAACAACUGGCUGAUGAAAAACAAAGACCCUCUAAAUGAGACGGUGGUUGGUUUAUACCAAAAGUCUACAAUGAAACUAUUGUCCAUUCUUUUCGCCAACUAUUCUGGUGCUGACUCUGCCAUGACAGACUCUUCAGGUGGAAAGAUCAAGGAAAAGAAGAAAAAGGGUGCUUCCUUUCAGACUGUGUCUGCACUCCACAGGGAAAAUCUGAACAAGCUGAUGACCAACUUGAGGUCAACUCACCCCCACUUUGUGCGCUGCAUCAUCCCCAACGAGACCAAGACUCCUGGGGCCAUGGAGAAACCUCUGGUCAUGCACCAGCUGCGCUGUAACGGUGUGCUGGAGGGCAUCAGGAUCUGCAGAAAGGGCUUCCCCAACAGGAUCCUGUAUGGAGACUUCAAACAGAGAUACCGUAUCCUGAAUCCGGCAGCAAUCCCUGAGGGACAGUUUAUUGACAGCAAAAAAGGUGCAGAAAAGCUACUGGGUUCCCUGGACAUAGACCAUAACCAGUAUAAAUUUGGGCACACAAAGGUGUUCUUCAAAGCUGGUCUACUGGGUAUCCUUGAAGAGAUGAGAGACGACCGUCUUGCUCUAAUCAUAACACGACUGCAGGCUAGAUCCAGAGGUGUCCUUGCUAGAAUAGAAUUCCAGAAGGUUCUUGAACGAAGGGAUUCUUUGUUGGUGAUUCAGUGGAACAUUCGUGCAUUCAUGAGUGUCAAAAAUUGGCCCUGGAUGAGGCUAUACUUCAAAAUCAAGCCCCUGUUGAGAUCUGCUGAGGCAGAGAAAGAGAUGGCCAACAUGAAGGAAGAAUUCCUGAAGUUGAAGGAGGCCUACGCUAAAUCUGAGGCUCGUAGAAAAGAGCUGGAGGAGAAAAUGGUUUCUCUUCUCCAAGAGAAGAAUGACCUGACACUUCAAGUUCAAACUGAACAAGAUAACCUUUGUGAUGCUGAGGAGAGAUGUGAAGGUCUGAUCAAGAAUAAGAUUCAGCUCGAGUCGAAAAUCAAGGAGCUGAUUGAGAGACUGGAAGAUGAAGAGGAGAUGAAUGCAGAGCUGACUGCAAAGAAGAGGAAGUUGGAGGAUGAAUGCUCUGAGCUCAAGAAGGACAUUGAUGAUCUGGAGCUCACUCUGGCCAAAGUGGAGAAAGAGAAACAUGCCACUGAGAAUAAGGUUAAAAACCUUAUUGAGGAGAUGUCAGCUCUUGAUGAAACAAUUGCCAAGCUGACCAAGGAGAAGAAAGCACUGCAGGAGGCUCACCAGCAAACGCUGGAUGACCUUCAGAGUGAGGAGGACAAAGUCAACACUCUGACUAAGGCCAAAGCCAAGCUGGAGCAACAAGUUGAUGAUCUUGAAGGGUCCCUGGAACAGGAAAAAAAGAUAAGAAUGGACCUCGAGAGAAUUAAGAGGAAGCUUGAGGGUGACUUAAAGUUGACCCAGGAAAAUGUGAUGGAUUUAGAAAAUGAUAAACAACAGCUGGAGGAACGGCUCAAAAAGAAAGACUUUGAAAUAAGUCAACUAAACAGCAAAAUUGAAGACGAGCAAGUCAUGGGAAUUCAGCUACAGAAGAAACUGAAAGAGCUUCAGGCUCGCAUUGAGGAGCUGGAGGAAGAGCUUGAGGCUGAAAGAGCUGCCCGAGCCAAAGUGGAGAAGCAGCGGGCAGACCUGGCCAGAGAGCUGGAGGAGAUCAGUGAGAGGCUGGAGGAGGCUGGAGGUGCCACUGCUGCCCAGAUUGAGAUGAACAAGAAGAGGGAGGCUGAGCUCCAUAAGCUGCGCAGAGACCUCGAAGAGUCCACUCUGCAACAUGAGGCCACUUCUGCCACACUGAGGAAGAAGCAUGCAGACAGUGCAGCUGACCUCGGGGAGCAGAUUGACAACCUUCAGAGAGUGAAACAAAAGCUUGAGAAGGAGAAGAGUGAACUCCGCCUGGAGUUGGAUGAUGUUGUCUCCAACAUGGAGCAGCUCGCCAAAGCCAAGGCACACUUGGAGAAAACGAGCAGAACCAUGGAGGAUCAGAUGAGUGAAUACAAGGUUAAGUAUGAAGAUGCACAACGCAGCAUCAGUGAUUUCUCCACACAGAAGGCCAAGCUACAAACUGAAAAUGGUGAGCUUUCCAGACAACUUGAGGAGAAGGGUUCUCUAGUAUCACAGCUGACCAGAAGCAAGCACUCCUACACCCAGCAGAUUGAGGAUCUAAAAAGACAAUUGGAGGAAGAAGUCAAGGCUAAGAAUGCACUAGCCCAUGCAGUGCAGUCUGCUCGCCACGACUCUGACCUCCUGAGGGAGCAGUUUGAGGAGGAGCAGGAGGCCAAGGCUGAGCUGCAGCGCAGUCUCUCCAAGGCCAACUCUGAGGUGGCUCAGUGGAGAACCAAGUACGAGACUGAUGCCAUCCAGAGGACUGAGGAGUUAGAAGAUGCCAAAAAAAAGCUGGCUCAGCGUCUGCAAGAUACAGAGGAAGCUGUGGAAGCUGUUAAUGCCAAAUGCUCCUCCCUGGAGAAAACUAAGCACAGACUGCAGAAUGAGAUUGAAGAUCUCAUGGUAGAUGUGGAGAGAUCAAAUGCUAUUGCUGCUGCCCUGGACAAGAAGCAAAGAAACUUUGAUAAGGUCCUGGCAGAGUGGAAGCAGAAGUAUGAGGAGUCCCAGGCUGAACUGGAGAGCUCCCAGAAAGAGUCCAGAUCUCUUGGCACUGAGCUCUUCAAACUCAAGAACUCCUAUGAGGAAUCUCUGGAUCACCUUGAGACCUUAAAGAGGGAGAACAAAAAUCUCCAAGAGGAAAUUUCAGAUCUCAGUGAGCAACUUGGAGAGAGUGGAAAGAGCAUCCAUGAACUUGAGAAAAUUCGAAAGCAACUAGAUCAAGAAAAGGCAGACAUCCAGACGGCUCUUGAGGAAGCUGAGGCCUCACUUGAACAUGAAGAGGGUAAGAUCCUGAGAGCUCAGCUGGAGUUCAACCAAAUCAAAGCUGACAUUGAGCGUAAACUUACUGAGAAGGAUGAGGAGAUGGAGCAGGCCAAGAGGAACCAGCAGAGAGUGGUGGAUACCCUGCAGACCUCCCUGGAGUCUGAGACUCGCAGCAGGAAUGAGGCUCUCAGGGUGAAGAAGAAGAUGGAGGGAGACCUCAAUGAGAUGGAGAUCCAGCUCAGCCAGGCCAACAGGCAGGCAUCUGAGGCCCAGAAGCAGCUCAAGGGUCUCCAAGGACAUCUGAAGGAUGCCCAACUGCAGCUGGAUGAUGCUCUACGCAGUAAUGAUGAUCUCAAAGAGAACAUUGCCAUUGUGGAAAGACGCAACAAUCUGAUGCAGGCUGAACUGGAUGAGCUCAGGUCAAUGUUGGAGCAGACUGAGAAAGCCCGGAAACUGGCUGAACAGGAGCUGCUGGACGUCAGUGAGAGGGUUCAGCUGCUGCACUCUCAGAACACCAGCUUGAUGAACAAUAAGAAGAAGCUGGAGAAUGAUGUGAACCAGCUGCAGACUGAGGUGGAGGAUGCUGUGCAAGAGUGCAGGAAUGCGGAGGAAAAGGCCAAGAAGGCCAUCACUGAUGCUGCCAUGAUGGCAGAGGAGCUGAAGAAGGAGCAGGACACCAGUGCUCACCUGGAGCGCAUGAAGAAGAACAUGGAUCAGACCAUCAAGGACCUGCAGCACCGUCUGGAUGAAGCUGAACAAAUCGCCAUGAAGGGAGGCAAGAAGCAGAUCCAGAAGCUGGAGGCCAGGGUGAGGGAACUGGAAAAUGAAUUGGAAUCUGAGCAGAAAAAGGCUAGUGAAUCUUUGAAAGGAAUCCGCAAGCAUGAGAGACGCAUCAAGGAGCUCACCUACCAGACAGAGGAGGACCGUAAAAAUCUGGCCCGUCUUCAGGAUCUUGUGGACAAACUGCAACUGAAAGUGAAGUCCUACAAGAGGGCAACAGAAGAGGCUGAGGAACAAGCCAACUCUAACUUGGGCAAGUUCCGCAAGAUUCAGCAUGAGCUGGAUGAGGCUGAGGAGAGAGCUGAUAUAGCUGAGUCUCAGGUCAACAAGAUGAGAGCCAAGAGCCGUGAAGUAGGUAGUAAGAAAGGGCAUGAUGAAGAGUGAAGCUCUAUCGUGGGCUUUUCUGAAAGCCUUGUGUGCUGUUCUUUGGAGCUUGCUCCCAUACCUGUAGUUUAAUAGAAUAAACAUAAACCGCAAAUUAA